AUGUCAUUUGAUAUAAAAUGGGAAAACCUAACAGUUGACAACACCAUCAAUGAAUCAAUUCAGAGUUUUCUUGAUGAACAAUUUAAAAAGUUAUCAUUACCUUCUUAUAUUUCUAAUCUAUCAGUCACCGAUUUUCAACUUGGCGAAAUUCCUCCAGAAAUCACAAUACGACAUAUAGGCGACCCGUUUGACGAGUUUUAUGAAGAUACAACCGAUAGUCCUGAAACAGAACAACCUAAAGAAGAGUAUACUGGUGAUGACGAUGACGAUGACGAUGAUGAUGAAGACGAUGAAAGUGAUGACGAUGGUCCAGGACUAAGUACCAUAUCUGAAGGUAUUCAUUUAUUAAAUUUCAACCGAACUGGAUCUCCUUUGCCCGAUGCAACACCAUUGUCACCACGUCCGAUGAACAGAUCUAGAGAUUCGUUUCAGUCUAUUCUUCAUCCAUUUGGUGUAAAUAUUGGGCCAACAGGAUCGGAAACCCCUACUAAUCUAUUGAAUCAAAGCUAUUUUUCAUCACGAAGGGUAUCCAUAAAGCAAAAACAACCGUUAUACGAUGAAAAUGAUAUACAAUUGAUUGUUGAGUUCAACUACAAGGGGAAUUUGCAUAUGAACAUAUUGGUCAAUUUGUUGGUGAAUUACCCGUCUCCGAAUUUCAUUUCAUUACCAAUAAAAUUGCACAUCACUGAUAUUGAGAUCCAUUCAAUAGCUACAAUCGCAUACUUGAAGAAGGCAGUAUUUUUAUCAUUCUUAUGCGAUGUCAAUGACGAAACAAUCCCUGAGUUCAACAACAGUCAAAGCAUUGAGUACUACACAAAGAACAACCCAAUUGAUAUAAUCAAGAAAAUCAAAAUCGAAAGUGAGAUUGGAGAAGUAGAGAGUAAUAUAUUGAGAAAUGUCGGUAAAGUUGAGAGAUUCUUGGUAGAACAGUUGAGAAAUAUCCUUCGUGAAGAAUUAGCGUGGCCAAGUUGGAUAUGUCUCGAUAUGAAUGAUGACGAUGAAGAGGAAGAAGAAGAAGAGAAUCCAUCAGAAAGUAGUAGUACCACUCAUGUAGGUAGUUAA